AAUAUUUAUCUAUGUCAUGGUUUUUAUUGUUUCAUUACAGUGGGGAGAUAUUUGCUCACAAGACAAACGUGUGUGCCUCAGUGACAGAGACCUGAUCUAUCUCCUGGACACGAGGAGAGAGCAAAGGUUAACCAGAAACUGGAGGAGGCUGUUUCCAUCUGUACUUUCUACCUGUGCUGAAAGUGGCUUGAAAGAGCACCAAAACUGGUCCCUCACACCGGUGGAGCAACUGGCUGUUGCUAUGGAGAGAAGCUUUCUACGUAAAACAUCAACUUUUUCUGACUUAAACAUUCCAAGAAUUCCUGCUGGCCCAGCCACUGGAGGUGAGGGUGUUUCUGAAAACUUGCACAACAGGCGUGAUCCCAACAGUCGUCUGUACCUUGAGUGCCAUAGAAAUCUCGCCCUUCCUUGAGAUGCAACCAUAGUUCUCAACACUACACUCAACCAUUCACCUAAGAAACACGAUUCUGCAGACGGGAUGAGUAAUUUUUUAGACUCGCAUGGAGACGUCCAGACAGCUGGGAGAUGUAACCAAGAAGCUUUUACUGAAAUAUGGGGGCAGGGUGGUGUCGCUGUCUCAAAAUGAGCAAUUUGUUGGCAAGGCUACUGUAAGUAGGUACCACAAGCGAAAUUUUUUAAAAACAAUAUUGACGUUUAAACCUCAGGGGUUCAAAUCUACUCUAUGAAACAAGAACAUUAAAAAAAGAAUUACCAAAAUCCAUCAAUAAACAAUCGAGAUAUGGUAUUUCAAAGUUUUAUUUUUGAACAAAACCUUUUCAACUGCGACUCUCACCCAUGUUUGAGGUGUUCUAAAAUACAAAGUGCAUGAUCAAAUCAAUGAAAACUUUGUUUUCCCCAGAGCUGUCAACACAAAUAUUGAUAUCUCUAAAUCAAAGCAUGCUAGAAUGACUGGUUUCCAAGAUAUAGGCCUUCAAAAAUUGAAAAAAAAUGCCAAAAUGUGUCAUUAAGAGCUCAGAACCCUAUUUCAACCUCUUCCAAAUUAGUCAAAACUGCCUCCUCAUUAGUGAAAAUCAAACAAUCAUUACAAAUACAUGCAAAGACUUAGCUGAAUUUUUUUCAGACCUCUCUGACAAUAAGUAACUUUUCUGGACUCCUCUGAAGUGGGCUUCGGUGCAAAAAACGCUUCUUGGAAAAAAAUUUGGGGAACUCUGGUACAUCCUCGGGCAAAAAGCAUCACAACAAGUGAACAAAUUAAGCUACAGGGCUAAAUCAUACAUCAAAUUAAAGCUCAAUGCAAGCUCUACGGGGCCAAAUGAAAAUUGUUUACUAAAACCUCUCAUAACACUCCAUAAUAGGGCCCUAAUGCCCAAAAACCUGCCAUUAUUGAGUGAAAAUGAUAACGUCUGCCGACUAGAAAAAAAUUCAUAUAAAAUCAACAAAUUGUGCUACAAGGUUGCAUUAGAUAUUAUAUAUCAAAUUAAAGCUCUUUUCAGGCUCUGUACAGUGAAUUAGUUUAUAGAAAGAAAAAAACCUUCUAAACAUUUCAGAUAUGGACAAUAAUGUGAAAAAAGUCAUCAAUAUUGGUGCAGAAAAUAAAGAUUUCUGCUCAGGGGGUUUAAAAAUUGGAAUUAAAUCAACAUCUGUUCUACCGUGGUUCAUCUUGUAUAAUAUAGAUCUAGUUCUAGAUUUAUUUAUCAUAUUAGCUGAGAAAGAAACCAGUGGCUGGGGAAAUACAAUGUGUCAUCGUGUGUCCAGUAAGUGGAUGGAAGAAAGAGGGGGGGGGGGGGGGGGGGGGCAUUUCUCCAAUUAGCCUAUCAGGUGACAUCUAAGUCUAAGAAUACACGUAAAUAGGCUGGUUGAUUCAAUAAUUGAAUAUCCACCAAUCAAGAAUGUAGAUCUAGCCUUUUAUGUUACCGAAUUAAAUGCCAAACAAUACAAUAGAUCUACGAACAUUUCCAUCGGUAACACUAACACCCAGUAACCCCCUUCCGAGUGUUUAGUAGUGUGUGAUGACAUGUUACUAUAAAUAGAACUCCCAGUUCAACUCUUCAUGGCUUUAUUCUUUCACUUUGCCGACUAGAGAUGCUUAGAUUUCGAUGCAUUUAGAAUAAAUAAGGUGUUCUUAGUUGAAAAGACAGCAAAAAUACCACCACAAAGCGAUACAUUUGUAUAGAUCGCAAUUAAUUCACUAUGAGGUGGGGAAAAUGUAGGUCAGCGUGAUUCCCACCAAACAAUAACAAUCCAACCACACGGCAAGAGGUGGCCGAUCAGUCUUAUUUUUCAAAACACGAUAUUCAUAAGUAUCCUAAAAGAAAAUUAUGAUAAUACUUACAUAAAUUGACGCCAUAAACAGAUCUAUCGAAUGUUUCUUUUACUGAACCACCAUUAUAAUCGUCUGCUGGUUGGGUCAAGUCAGAGGGGGUGGAAAUGGGCGAUGGAACAGCCGCAAUGGCAGAAUGACGAUCUCCCGAAAGUGGUUGUUACCCCACUUCAGAAAAAGUAAUAUUUCUACUUCGUGGAAUGUAGUUGGCUUUUCUAAACACAUAAACUUGAUGGUAGCGAUGUCUAGGAAUAUGAUCCUGGCAUGGAUAGCCCGAUUUGUGUCGAAUUUCAUAUUUUAAAAUGCUUUCUUCGUCUUUACAUCGUACCACUCAAGCUUUCCGCUCGGAAUAAAAA